AUGAAGAAACUUCUUAGCUUUACCUCACAAAAGGUUGCUCCAUCUUGUUUAGGAACCUUUUCUCACCAACCUCUUCUCUCCUUCUCUCUCGCAACUACUACAACACAAUCAAAUCUUCUCACCGAAUGUACCAACAACAAUCAAAAGAGAUUCGGUUCUAAACACAUUUAUAUUAGAGGUAAACUUCACUAUCAAAAGAAGUUAGAACAAGAGAAAAAAGUUUCCAAACUCUCUGAUAAGUCCAAGGCUGCUUAUCGUUCAAAUGCUGAACGUAGUCAAAGCUUUGCCUGGACUCCUUCAACACCAACUCAAGAAUUAUAUCAAAAGAAUAUGUUAGAAUUCAAGAAUUCUCGUAAGAGACCUUCUGCUCAACAAUUCCUUGAUAUGCUCGCCACCGUUCAAAGUGCCGACGACUUUAAUUAUGCUAUGCGUUAUUGGAGAACUUUGUGUUUGAGAAGGAUAAAAUUCACUGCUCAAAGCACUGAAGCCAUCCUUGAAGCUAUGGAAAAGUAUGAUGAAAAUCACCCACAAACAUCUAUUGAACUUUUUGAUGCUUUCCAAGAAGUUGAAAGUAGUUUGGAUGCUGCUGUCAAGAAACGAGUUCUCAAUUAUUUACAAGUUCAAUCACUGGGUGCCGUUGAAGAGGAAGAAAUGGCACAACAAAGUCUAUUCGGUGAAUUUGAUUCAGGCUCUAAUCAUGUAGUCGGAUCAGUGGCAGGUUCAUCCUCUAAUCAUAAUACAACACCCAUCAUGAUGAAUAACGGUCAUCCUCAAUCUAUGCUUCAACCUAAUUUCCUCUUGAGUCCACUUCUUUCCAUGUCUUUGAAUCCAAUGCAUACAAUGAAUCCUCUCUAUGGCGUUUCAAUUCCACCAAUUGCUCAUCCUCUAGGUUCUAACGGAUCACUUUCUCUUCUCGGAAUGUUGAAUCCACUUGGAGCACCACCUCCACCACUUCAUACACCACAACAACCAUCAGUUAGUUAUGGUCAUAAAGUAAUGCCAAAAGAAGAAGCCAUUGAAGAGGAACAAGAUUCAUAUGAAGUUUAUGAUGAUGAUAAACAAGAACCAACAGAAUUUCCAACUUUGGCACAAGAGGAUGUAACUAAUGAACAACGAUUGGAUGAAAUAUUGACUGGACUUUCAAUUACUGAGGAACAAGAAAGGAUUAAAUAUUAUGUGCAACAUGGAGUUAAAUAUCCAUUUGUAGCACAAUGGAGAAAUCCUUUAAUUCACUCUAUUAGAGAAAAUGUGAUUGUGAAACAUGUUGUGGAUUUUAAUCCAUAUUUUGGAAUUGUAGUAAUUGUAGAACCUUUAUAUUUAAGUCAUGAUAAGAAAAAGAAAAAGUCAACCGUGGAUGAUUUGAGAAGAACUGGGUUUUAUGUUCAUGCUGUUGAUUUAUAUGGUAUGAAAAAGAAGAGUGUUAUUGGUAGAUUACUUGAUGAUCAUAGAAAAUAUAUUAAGAGAUGUGUUCUUGUCAAUCAAACCAAAGAAUGUUUCGAAUCCAACGACGUACUUAUACUAAAAACUAAAUGUGAAACUAAGAUACCAAAAAUUAAUGAAAUAACAAGUCUAAUCAAUAGUGCAGUCAAGUUAAAGAGUUCAGAUGAUUCUGACUUGGUUACAAUUGUGAAUAGAUACGAGUCUCACGGAGGAAAUCCACCCCAAAAAUUAAAUAAGAAGAUUGAUGUUGUAAAGGCCCUAGAAGUUGAGGAUAUUAAUGAAAGAAUUACUGCUUUGUGUCCACCUGGUACUGGGUGUAUCAAUGAUUUAUCAACCCUUGUAAGAUAUGCCACAACUUGUUGUAAAUUCCCAUUCGAUGCAAAAGUUACUUCAUUGUAUUCAUUCCUAAAUGAUCAACAAGUUGAAUUUACUGUAUCGGUGAACAGUGUAAACUAUAGAUGUAAACAAGGUAUCAUAUUCAAAGCAACAAUAACAUCUGGAACUCUGAGUCCAAUAGAUGGCAGAUUUAAAGUUCACAUUGAUAAUGAUGACGAUGCUGGUUCAGAUGACGAUGAUGAACCAUAUAGAAAGAAGAGAAAAAUGUCAGGAUCUACACCAUUCGAUACAUACACUGGUACAACAAUCAAGGUUGAUAGUUCUAGACUGAGAGUAGACGAUAGUACCAAGUCUGUAAAUCUUACAGUAUUGAUGGAUUAUCAAACAUGGUUUAUUCAUUCUACAUUGCUUGAUGAAAAGAAGAUUGAUGAACAAUGGACAAACCUGAGAUUCUAUCUUCAAUUUGUUGAUUAAUUUAUUAAAACUCUAUUUGAAACUCAAUGAUUC